AUGAACACUCGAAGUUGCCUCGUGGUGCUGGCUAGCGUGGUGGCCAUGGCGGCAGCGCAGGGAUACGGCGGCGGCGGCGGUGGCGGUGGUAGCGGCGGGGGGCGGUUCAUCCCCAUCGUGAAGGACGACCGCACGCAGAACGCCUACGGCGAGAACACCUUCGAGUUCGAGGCCGCCAACGGCAUCGUCCGCUACGAGUCCGGAAAAGAAGACAACGGACACGUGCAGGAGGGAGGCUGGAGGUACCAGGCGCCGGAGGGCAUCCCUGUGGAGAUCACCUUCGUGGCCGACCAGGGGGGGUACCAGCCCCAAGGGGCCCUGCUCCCCGUGGCCCCGCCUCUUCCCUACCAGAGGACGCAGUCCUUCGGAGGAGUAGCAGGAGGCGGAGGAGGAGGAGGAUAUGCGUGAAUCUGAAGCACAGUCCAGCAGAUCUCGUGUGAUUCUUCCUCCUUCACGGUCGUCUUGAGGAGCUGUCUGGUUGA